GGGUCCCGAGUCAAUUGCAAAUUCAUCUCCCUCUCUCUCUCUCCACCUUCCAUUUAUAUUCCUUCGUCUUCCAUUUCUACACUUUGUGCACAAGCUCAUACCCACAUAUUUUCUAUCACUUUCUCAGUCUCUCUCUCUUGUUAGGGCACAGAAAUUAGCCAUGGGUAGAUCUCCUUGUUGUGAAAAAGAGCACACAAACAAAGGUGCAUGGACGAAAGAGGAAGAUGAGCGUCUUAUCAACUACAUCAAACUUCAUGGUGAAGGUUGUUGGAGGUCUCUCCCCAAGGCCGCUGGUUUACUUAGAUGUGGCAAGAGUUGUAGGCUUAGGUGGAUAAACUACUUGAGGCCUGAUCUGAAGAGAGGAAACUUCACAGAAGAAGAAGAUGAACUCAUCAUCAAACUUCACAGCUUACUCGGAAACAAAUGGUCUCUCAUCGCUGCUCGCUUACCUGGAAGAACAGACAAUGAAAUCAAGAACUAUUGGAAUACCCAUAUCAAAAGAAAGCUCUACAGCCGUGGAAUUGACCCUCAAACUCACCGUCCUGUCAGCUCUGGUGCCGCUGCUGCCACCGACACCUUCAACGCCACCACAGCCACGGCGGCACUUGGCAAGUGCAGAAGCAGUAGCAGUACCAACCACAACAAAAAUAAUAAGAGCAGCAUCAAUGUUUCUAAAAUAGAAAUACACAAUCCGUUAUCACAAUCUAUAGAAGCGCGAGAGUGUAUCAAUACUAAUAACAUGAAGAUUUGCAGUAGUUCCAAUAAAAAGGUCGGCACAGAUUCAUCCGCUGAAGAUUCCAACUGCAGCAGUGGAGUGACCACAGAAGAAAUUUGCCCAGAAAUCAACCUUGAUCUAUCUAUAGGCCUUCCACGUCAACAGCCUCAAGUUUCCUCUAUCAAUUUUAUUAAGCAGAAGCAAGCAGACAACUAUCAGCAACAGCAGUACCACCACCAGCAGCAGCAACCGCAACGGCAAAACUUGACUCAUGUGUUCUCUGAGGCGUCUGCUAAAUCUGUAUGCUUGUGUUGCAGUGUAGGGUUGCAGAGUAAUCAAACGUGUAGUUGCAGAGUGAUGGAGACAUCUUUAACAGCAGGUCAUUUCAGUAGAUAUUACCGGUCCUUGAAUUUUUAAAGCAUUGGAAGUUGGAAGUUAACAAACAAUCCCAACUCUCACAUAUAUGGUUGCAAAUUUCCAAAAAGUUUUAGCA